AACGACUUUAUGGAGGAGGACGAAUACACUUGGGAUUCAGAAGAAGAUGAAGAUUCCGACUCCGAGGACGACAAAUACUACGCUAAGCUGGAGGAUGAAGAACACAACGUGGAGGAGUACUACGCUAAGGCCUCUUUCGCUCUUGGAAUUCGGGGCCCUACCCAAACGGACACGCCGCUGAAUGCCCCUGUCAUCUCCCGUCUCCGAAGCGAAGCAGAAGAGCUUAAUAAAUCUAUCCAUGAACUCAAGACCCAGCUUGCGGCACUUCAAGACCGUCUCGAGGCGAUCGAGGAACAACUCUCGACCGUGGUUUACCCGAUCAACACAGUCCCUCCGGAGAUCAUGUGCAGAAUCUUUGCAGCAGCCGUAUCGCUCAGCCCACCAGCCAAAGUUCCGGUCAUCCUCUUACGAAUCACUUCAGUCUCACAACGGUGGCGAGCUAUUGCUAUUGCAGAGCCCCACCUCUGGACAAAUGCAUCCUUUUUCCUCAAACGCGAAAAGAGCAGUCCACUCUUUGAACUUUUUCUGCAGCGCGCGCAGGGACUGCCGAUCAUCGUCUCCACUCCAAGGGCCCGGCUGCCUCGGGACCUAUUCGAUUCCACUGCACGAUGGAAAGAGGCAGAUCUGGACGCAAUUUCCCUCGGCUUCAAAUGCCCCAUCUCUGGCUUCGACUUUCCUCAUCUCACAAAGCUUACUCUCAAAUUAUCGACAGCUCCGCAGUCAGAUCUGCGCUCCACUUUCCAAAAAGCUAUACACCUCCAAGAGCUGUCUAUCAAUAAUCCCCAGCUGGUCUCACAACUCUCCAUCCCAAUUCAACAGCUGCGUAAAUUGACCAUUCUUUCAAAUUGGCAGGUAUCAUAUUUCGAUGUUAUUUCUCUACUUCCGGAAUUGGUGGCACUGGAAGAGCUUUCACUGAUCGCCGACUUUGUUGGCAUUGACGAUGCGUCCACUCUGAUUAUGCCAUUCUUGUCGACCUUGUCAUUACUCGGGGAGAACACUGCUUCACUUUUGGCUGAUCUUACACUCCCAUCUCUGUCCUCUCUUCACCUCUCGUACUUCCACUGGGGCGAGGCAAGGAAAAUCAUUCACGAAUGCCUCUCCCGUUCCUUGGCCAAUGUCACCUCGCUAGACCUAUCCCUCAUCAACUCGGGCUCUUAUUCCACAGACUACAGUACUAUUCGAGUCCUCUUGUUCUCGCCCUCGUUUGAUAUGACCCGGGAGCUGAUAUUGCCCUUGCUCGAAUUGGAUUCGCGUCAUUCCAAACUUCUUGCGGCAGACCUUGCCCGCCUCGACUUUCUGCCCAAUCUCGAAAUAUUCACCCUCGUCGUACCCCACCCUUCCAGAUACAGGUCCUCGAUGGCGUCCAGGCCGUCUCCCGUUAAGAUUGAGCUACGCCCGUUCCUCGAUGGUCUUGCGAUGCGCGUCGCCAACGCGCUCUCCACCGGGCACACAAUGAAGCUCAGUCAAUUCGUUAUUGAGCAUGCGCCGCAUUCCUUUUGCGACGAAGACAUGUACAGCUUGAGGAAUCUGCAGCAUCACUUGCAGAUCAAGGUUGCAAUGCCCCAUGGAUAUUUUUCGAACAUGGAAUUUAUGGGAAGGUUGACGUCGGGAGCUUGA